GGGAGUGAGAGUUCCUUGGACGGAGCCCAGGACAUGUGAUAAUCAGAUUACAGAAAGUUGAGGGGUGGGGGUUAGAUGGAAGUGAGACUGGAUGAUGUUCUGGAGAGAUGUCGGGAAAAUUUCUCAGGGCUCUGAAAGUGUAGGGACAGAAGCUUGUUCCUUGACAGCUGCCUGAACCACUGGGUUCUUGGUCUGCUGCUGAAUGAAGAUGUCUCUCUUUAGCGUUGGCAUCUUCCUGGGUAUUCUGCCCUUCAGUUCUGGCCAGUUCCCUCGGGCAUGUGCCAAUGCCGACAGCUUGUUGAGCAAGGAAUGCUGCCCAGUUUGGCCUGGCGAUGGUUCCCCUUGCGGGGAGCUUUCAGGUAGGGGGUCCUGUCGCGAGAUCCUACUUUCAGAUGCCCCUCUCGGCCCUCAGUUUCCCUUCUCCGGAGUGGAUGACCGGGAAGACUGGCCCGCCGUGUUUUACAACCGGACGUGUCAAUGCUCCGGGAACUUCAUGGGAUUCAGCUGUGCCGACUGCAAGUUCAACUUUGCCGGUCCCAAUUGCACAGAGAGGAAGCUGAGGGUGAGGAAAGACAUCUUCCAGCUCAGCACCAGGGAAAAGAACCAGUUCCUUGCCUACCUCAACCUAGCCAAGCAUACCACCAGCCGGGAUUUCGUCAUCGCCACCGGAACGUACUCCCAGAUGAACAAUGGCUCGGCGCCCAUGUUCCGAGACAUCAAUGUGUACGACCUCUUUGUCUGGAUGCACUAUUACGUCUCUCGGGACACACUCCUUGGAGGCACCAAUGUGUGGCGGGAUAUCGAUUUUGCCCACGAGGCUCCGGGGUUCCUGCCGUGGCACCGUCUUUUCUUGCUCAUGUGGGAACACGAGAUCCAAAAGCUCACUGGAAACGAGAACUUCACCAUCCCCUACUGGGACUGGCGAGACGCCGAGAGCUGCGACAUCUGCACGGAUGAGUACAUGGGGGGAAGGCACCCCAGUAACCCAAACUUACUCAGCCCAGCCUCUUUCUUCUCCUCAUGGCAGGUGAUUUGCAGCCGAUCAGAAGAGUACAACAGCCGCCAAGAGCUCUGCAAUGGCACCAAUGAAGGUCCUGUGCUUCGAAAUCCUGGGAACCAUGACAAAGGGAGGACUCCCAGGCUUCCAUCUUCAGAAGACGUCGAGUUCUGCUUAAGCCUGACCCAAUAUGAAGCUGGGACCAUGGACAAAAUGGCCAAUUUCAGCUUCAGGAACACUUUGGAAGGCUUUGCGAAUCCAAGCACCGCCAUAUCGAACGUGUCCCAAAGCAGCCUGCACAACGCCUUGCACAUCUACAUGAAUGGCUCCAUGUCCCAGGUGCAAGGCUCAGCUAAUGAUCCCAUCUUCAUACUGCACCAUGCCUUCGUCGACAGCAUUUUUGAGCAGUGGCUCAGACGACACCAGCCCCUGCGUGAGGUUUACCCUGCAGCCAAUGCCCCUAUUGGACAUAACCGUGAAUCUUACAUGGUCCCCUUCAUUCCUCUCUACCGGAACGGGGAAUUCUUCAUUUCUUCAAGAGAUCUGGGAUACGACUAUGAAUAUCUAGUAGAGCCAGCCAACCCCUUCCAGAAUUUUUUGGUGCCUUAUUUGGAGCAAGCCCGCCAGAUCUGGCCUUGGCUGUUGGGAGCGGCUGUUGUGGGAGCCGUUAUAGCGAUGUUGGUCGCUGGAGUCGUCGCUCUCGGUUGUCGGAGGAAGAAAAGAAUCUCGGAGGAGACACAACCUCUGCUCAUGGAGAGCGAAGAUUAUCAGCAUGUAACGUAUCAGUCACACUUAUAAUAGCUACCAAGCACCUGUGGCUAAAGUCAAAGCCAUCAUGAU